AUGGCUAAUAACAGCGAUAGAUGGUACUUCACGAAAGAGCAAUUGGACGCUACGCCCUCGAGGAAAUGCGGAUAUGAUAGCUACAAGGAGCUGUCCUACAGGCAGCAGACUGCCAAUUUCAUCCAGGACAUGGGACAGAGGCUCAAAGUUUCUCAAUUAUGUAUCAACACCGCCAUCGUGUACAUGCAUCGGUUCUAUGUAUUCCACUCCUUCACACAAUUCCCCUGGCACCAGAUGGCGGCGGCGGCAUUGUUUCUAGCCGCCAAAGUAGAAGAACAACCUAGAAAAUUAGAAUACGUUAUUAGAGUUGCCAACAUGUGCAGAAAUAACCGAGAUACAAAUAUCGAUGUAAAUUCGGAAAGGUAUCAAACUCUGUCUCAGGACUUGGUAUUUAACGAAACAGUCUUACUCCAAACGUUGGGUUUCGAUGUCGCAAUCGACCAUCCACACACCCACGUCGUAAGAUGUUGUCAUCUCGUUCGUGCCAGUAAGGACUUAGCACAGAGUUCGUAUUUCUUGGCCAGCAACAGCUUGCAUCUUACCACAAUGUGCCUCCAAUACAAACCGACUGUAGUAGCUUGCUUUUGCAUACAUUUAGCGUGUAAAUGGUCGAGUUGGGAAAUACCGUUGUCCACCGAAAAGAAAGAGUGGUUUCUGUACGUGGAUCCAACGGUCACCGCCGAACUACUCCAACAACUCACCACCGAGUUUCUGAGUAUCUUUGAAAGUUGUCCGUCACGACUCAAAGAGAAAAUUAUGAGUAUCGGUGAUAACGGAAUGCAUAAUUGCACAGCCGCUAUCACCAAUUCACCUUUCGACACUGAUCCGAAAAAGAUCGUCAGUUCGGACCAGAAAGACCAACAUCCGCAUCGCACACACGAGAGUAAGACAGGUUCAGAACCGGACCCCCACAAGCACCGAUCUUCCAGACCUCACGAGUCGGCAACCACCAGCCAGCAGCAGCGCGAGCGCGAAUAUCGCGAGAAGAAAGAACGGGAAAAACUGGCCCAGCAACAGCACGGCAUGAAAGCGCCGCCCCCGGGGGCCGCCAAGCCGGCGGUGCCCCACGGCCACCACCGUCCCCCCGUGGACCCGAAGCUGAAGCAGCCGCACUCGAGGCCGUCUUCGUCGCACCCGCCCCCAGCCCGGACCGAGCCCCGAGACAUCCUCCGAGAGGCCGCCAGGGACUCCCCGUUCGGGAUAGCAACCAAAGACUUUAACAAAAAUGAAAAAGACGUUCCGAAAACGCGCGAUUAUUUACUAAAACCGAAUGUGGCGGCGGCGGCGGCGGCGGAAACGAACAAUUAUUAUAACGGUGAUAAGAAUCGGCCGCCUCCGAAUAAAGUUCCAGUUAAACAUGAACAGGUUCGAAGGCACGACGAAAAGCCGUUUGUUAAGCCGGAAAGUGAAGUGAAAAGACCGCAUAGUGUGCCGGGACAUGAUAGGAAUAGUGGUUAUUUAAGUAAAUCGAUGAACUCUACCUCGCAAAAAGUCAAAUCGCCUUUAGACACAUCGAAAUCCGUCCUCAAACCGGGGGUGGGGCAGCCGUUGCAGCCGCCGCCGGUCAAACAGCACCACCACAACGGGAGCAGCAGUUUCAGCGUCAGCGUCCCCGUUAAGGAGGAGGUGGUCAAGGAAGAAGAGAAGGUGAAAGAGGAAUUGAAUCCCGUCAAGAAACCUAGUCUUUUCUCGCCUGAAAAAAGUCCAAUCAAAUCGGAGAAAAAAUCGCCGAGUCCUCUGCCAGUAAAGUCGGAACCGAUGCUUUCGCCUCUUGAAUCACCAACAAAUGUUAGUAAAAGAGCGAGGAAUUAUUCGACUAGCUCUGAGCCGGAAUUGCGGCCGGUUUUAAAGAAAAUAGACCAAGUUGAAGGUUUUGAGAAUUUGAUGAGGGAUUCCACCAUUGGAAUCAAUAAACUUCACCAAAUUCCCGAUAUCAUAACUCCGAUAACGGACGUGAAACGUGAAGAACCCCCGAUUAGUUUUUCCAAAGAAAUGAAACCCCCCGAUAUUAUUCCACCUUUGUGUUCUGAUAACAACAUAUCGACCUCUCAACCGAUCGUUAACGGCAUCGAAACAAACCCGAUGCUCAUCAGUAGUUUACUAAAAGAAGCACCAUCAGUACCUCAUCUGCCAGUGGUCGCGAAUACAGCCCCGAAAACCGAACCACCCGCCGAAGUCAAAGAACAUCACCACAAGAGUAAAAAGAAAAACAAGGAGAAACACAAGCAUAAAGACAAGGACAAGAGCAAAGACGAGAAAGAGAAGAAGAAGAAACACAAAGAUAAAGACAGGGAGAAGCACAAGCACAAAGAGAAGGUGGCCGAGCCGGCGGCCGAACCAAUCAAAAUCAAGAUCCAGAAAGACAAGAUCCAGCAAAUGCCGAACCCUAUCAAGAUAAAAAUCCCGAAAGACGUGAUAAAGACUGAGGAGAAUCCAGCGCCGGCGCCGCCACCAAUCGGUCUCAAAAUCAAGAUCCCGCGCGAAAUCAUCAAUAACUGCAAUCCGGAAAGCGAGAAAAGCCGGAAACGGGAGCGGGAUCGCAGUAGUCCGGCCGACGGCGGCCCCCCUGCAAAGCUCUCCCGCAGCAAGGACUCCAAACAGAACGGGAGACAUUCGUAUAAUAAGGUAAGCGAAUAUAGUAAGAGUAGUGCGAUGGGGGCGGUCGUUCCGCCCCCCGCCGCCCCCGCGUCCACCUAUCACAGCGUGCCGCCGCCGAUGUACACGCAAAACAUGUACUAUUAUCCGCCGCAUAUGGGGGUGGGUCAGUAUAUGUAUCCGGCCGAGAAUCAGAUGUACAAUUAUUAUAAUGGGGGAUACGCGUUUCCGCCGCCGGAAAUGUAUCAGCAGGCGCCGCCGCUGCCGCCCCCGGCAGGGUCCAACCCGCCCCUGCCGAUGGACGCGCCGCCGGACAUACCGCCCCCACCGCCCCCGGAGUGAUGUGUGCGAUUUAGAGACACGAUUUCGGACCUCGUGCUAGUUAAGAUGACGUGAUAUAUGAAGGGUUUAGAGAAAUUUGUAAAUAAUUUAUAAGAGUGCAAUUUUUUUAUCGAUUUAUACUUAGGAUUGUACCGUGUUUUUGUUAUUUUUCUGGUAGAUAUUACUUUGUUGAAUUGUAUCUAUGUAGUUUAUCUUGUAAUUUUAAGCACUUUUUAUAGUCUUAACACACUCUUUUAUUUAUUAAUUCAAUAAAUAAGUCGACAAUGAAGGAGAUUCUUUUUUUGACGUGACUUGUGUAGUUUGUGCAUGUGUUUUCAUUUUCUGUUUGUUUUUGUGACGCUCAUUGCAUGGUCAUGACUAACUCUGUCCACUACUAACGUGACCGGCUUACGUGUGAAUGUUGGACCUAGCAAGGUCAUUAUAUGGUUAUUUGGUGCUUUGCAGGUGACACAACUGGGUGAUGGCGAUGCGUCCAUACAUAGGUUGGCCGAAUCUAAGUAUAUCAACAAGAGUUCAUCGUAGUAAUUGCGACAAACGUUAACUAUCAUGUGUUAAAAUCAGCCUAAUGUAUAUAGUAGAAAACUUUUUUUAAUUUAGAAAAAAAUGUUUUAGAUUUUUUAUGUUUAUAUAAUGUAAUGGCUGAUUGCAAUACUGUUACUCUAUUUUGUUAAUUAAAUUAUUUUGUACGACCUCUCAUUUUGUUAUUAAUAAAUACUCAAAAGUGAAAUUCGUUUAGUUUUAUUUUAUCACGGGUGGAAGCGGCUUUUCUGCGAGCGAAAAUAUUGCAGUCAUGCCAUUAUUCCCCCCGAUUUUUCUUGUUAGGAAGUUCGGCCUAAAUCUUGUUAUAUUUAGAUAGUGCCAACUGUCUUGUACAGCAUUUUGGUCAUUAGGUGAUUCAUGUAACCACAUCUAAACAUCAUUCUCAUGUGGAACAAUAACAUGCGUGUGACAUUUUAUGUUCAGUGUAUUUCUUGUGCUUCUUUUGGUUUUGUUGCUUAUGUCCGACUGAUUAGAAACAAAAUUCUAGCAUAGUUGAGUGUAAAACUUUGUGAUCCAAUGGACUGAAAUCUUAGGAUGUGUUGGAUUCGUCAUGUAUACAAAAAUUUGCAAAUAUUUUAACGAAUUUAAUAUUUUUAAGGGAUAAAUUGUAAAUAGUUAAAAUUUUAUUUGAUAAGUAUUUAUUAUUUUGUUAUUAAUAUACGAUAUAUACGAAAACUGCAAUUCUGGAAACUUGUACCUAAACAAAAAUGAGAAAAACGAGUGUGUUAGGAGCAUUAUUUUAUAUUGUAUUACAAACGUAUAUUAUAAAUAAAAAACUUAAAUCAUUGGAAAUAAAUAUUCACGCCCACUUUUUAAGUUAGUUGGAAUGUUUAUCGGGCUUAAACAAUCUAAAAAAAUAUAAAAACAAAAAAUUCUUCGAAAAAUAACUUAUGUAUAUAGUCCACACGUUUGCUGCCUGUGUUUCACUGUUAUUGUUAUUGUAUUCACUCAUUCUGUUAUUGUCUGUUUUCCACAAUACAAACAUUGCAAGACUUUCUACAGCAGUUGAUUUUCAAUUUUACUCCACUUCGAGGUGGUGAACGUGUUAAGUAAUAAGUAAAUAGACACUAAAUUUAUAAUAUACUUCUCAACAAACAUAAAAUAGACAAAUAAAGCUAAUGCCUAACUGUCUCAAUGUCAUCAAUAAAGUUUUUAAAACGAU